UUUUGCUCGGUAGAAUAUGAAUCGGUACAGUGUAUUUUGCGCAAUGGCACGGUAGUAUUGCUAGAAGAAUCGGCUCAUGCGCGGGCUGGGACUACCGGGUACCUGGAUAUAUAAGAGACGUAGAUAGUAUCUCAACAUGGAAUUGCAGACUAGGUGUAGAGUCGGUUCUUUCUAGACGGAUCGAUACAGGACCAGAUGAAGAUAGAACAAAAUGAAGCCGUUAUUCGCAAUCCUCACUGGUAUCAUAGCAGCAGCAGCAGCAGUGUCUGCGCAGUCCUUCGAUCCCAAUGGAGUCACAUCAAACCAGGGCUUCGAUCCAGCUAAGGUCGGAACGAACAAGACGACCAAUGCGACGUAUUCGAAUCCCAUCAUGACUGCCAAUGCGGCUGAUCCAUUCAUGACACGAUACGACGACUGGUAUCUGUUGACGUAUACAACGAACGAUAAUAUCACGUUGAAGAGAUCACAUUCUCUAACAGAUAACUGGGACGACGCAGAGACCCGUGUGGUCUUCAAUCCAGAUCCAAAUAGCGGCGAGCCGUGGGCGACUGAUCUCUGGGCCCCUGAAAUCCACAACAUCUCCGGAAAAUGGUACAUCAUCUUCAGCGCAACCCCCGACGCUGACUCCCCCCACCCCCUCCAAGACGCAAUGUGCCGAUUCUCCUGCCCAGCCAUCAACCACCGGAUGUUCGUUCUCGAAAGCUCCGGCCCCGACCCCUGGACAUCAACCUACAAUCUAAAAGGCAUGCUGAACACCUUCGACCAAUUCGCCAUCGACGGCACCUACUUCCACCACUCCAAUAACCUCUACCAUAUCUAUUCCUGCUGGGAAGACAAAUAUUCCGCCUGGCCGGCAAACCUAUGCAUCACGCGCCUCUCCUCCCCCUGGAACGUCAGCUCAUCGUUACUCGAACGACGAAUGAUCUCCACUCCUUCUGAGCCAUGGGAACAAGUACCCUACGGUCGAGCGGGGCGAUUAGCUACAAACGAAGGACCGCAGCAAUUAACGAAUCCGAAAACAGGACAGGAGUUCAUUGUGUAUUCGGCUGCGAGGGUGAAUACGCCGUUUUAUUGUCUCGGGUUGUUGGAAUUGGUGGGUGAUGAUCCGAUGGAGUAUCAGAGUUGGAGGAAGAGGAGGGAUGGGUGUGUGUUUCAUCAGAAUGGGAAGGAAGGGGUGUUUGGGACGGGGCAUGCGAGUUUUACGGUUAGUAGUAGUAGUAGUAGUAGUGAGGAUGGGGUGGAAAGUUGGUUGGUUUAUCAUGCGCAGACGGAGGCGGAUCCGAGUGCAAACCUCUACCGAACAAUACGAACUCAGAAAUUCACCUGGAAUGAAGAAGACGGCACGCCUAUUUUCCCUGCUGCUGCGAACGGGCCAUUUCCUGUUCCGAAGGGGCAGGUCUCGUGAAUCGAAUCAUUAAUUGUGUGAGUCAAUCUCAACUACUCAACCACUCAGUCGGUCAGUUAUGAUAGAUGAAGAUGAAAGAUCAAGAUCGGAUUGGAUUAGAUUAGACUAGGGUGGGUU